UCACUGAUAUAUAUUUAUGAUAUAAUAUCAUUGAAAUAAAUGCCAUUUAAGCUGUUUAUUGGCAGUAUCGUAAAACUUUGAAUUGCAGUUCGAAAGUUGGUUCGAUUGAGGUUGAAUCAUUUUCAAAUAGUAGCCAUAGAAACGCAACACGGAUUCCUUAUUCUCGUUUGUAUCGCAUUUGUCUUUUUCUCUUGGCACGAAUCGUGACAAUCCGUUCGAAGCUAUUAAACCAUGUUCACGUGUUGAUAGCCUCAAUAUUUAAUUUUUACAGAAGUUAAAAAUGGAUCGAAAAUAUCAGAAAGUGGAAAUGGGGGUGGGAGCAUUUCAUCACCCACCAAGAGCGAGAUACAGCGAGGAAACAAAAAAUUUAGUGAAACUUUUGAUGGAAGAAUCCAAAGUAAGUAUGAUGAAAAGAAAAUCUAUUCAGGAAGCGAUCAAUAAAGGUAAAUCUUUACCACUUGUUAUGGAAAAAUCGAAAAUGGAAGCAAAUAAACAUAAUCUACAAUAUCAGGUUUUGAUGCCCACCGUGUGGAAGAAACGAUCAAAAGAUAUGAUUGUUAAAAGUGGCGCGUAUGAGAGAGAACAAUAUAGAAGAUUAUCUCCUUUGCGUAAUAAAGAGAAGCAAAAGCGUCAUUUAGCAAGCAUGAUGGCUUAUGGAAAAGAUAUAGAAACUCCUCGUGAAUCAAAGAUUCUUCAUAAAACAAAGCAAGAAUCACAUAUUUCUGAUAAUGAUCCUAUUGAUGAUUUGAUACGUGGAAUUCAAGAAAGAAUGGAAUUUUUAAGUGACAUGGAAUGUCUUGGAAUGGGCAAAAAAUAUCGUCCUAUAAUACAACAAGAAGUAGCGCAUAAAUUACGAUUGAUUGAAUCAAUAGAUAAGCAAAAAUGCAAGGAAAUCCAAAAAGAAAUGAAAGAAUUUGAGAAAGCAUUGCCAAAACCAUUUCCUUUGGGACAACUUGAUGAAAAUUAAUAAUUUUUAUAAUUAUAACUUUCAAUCUUUUAUAUACAACUCUCUAACUUAUAUUUUUUACAAAGUUUAUAAUAUUUUACAGUAUUAAUAUUU